UCAGGGAAUCAACCACGAAUAACUUCAUUUAAUUACAGUGCCAUUGCAAGAAUUCUAGCGAGAAUUUAUUGAUCGUCGUACACCAUCAUCUUUACUAACUUGAUACAUCUGUUUCAAAAAUGAGUUCAGGAGACAGUGAAAUAGCCCAUGAAUUCCACCCCUAUUUUCGCGCAUACAAGGAUGGACGAGUGGAAAGGUUCUUUGGCUCCGAUAUAGUUCCUGCAUCAAUCGAUCCUCAAGAUGGUGUUUCCUCCAAAGACGUCCCAAUUGUUCCAGAGACAGGCGUGUCAGCGCGUAUUUUCAUCCCGAGUUCGGUUAAACCAAGCCAAAAGCUCCCCCUGGUUGUCUAUUUCCAUGGUGGAGGCUUCUUCAUGGGUUCACCAUUCUGUUCUGAAUAUCACAAUUAUGUUACCUCUCUUGUUUCCGAGGCAAAUGUUGUCGCUGUUUCUGUUGACUAUAGGUUAGCCCCAGAGCAUCUUAUUCCCAUAGCUUAUGAAGAUUCAUGGGCUGCACUCAGAUGGGUAGCUUCUCACUGCUCCGGUGAAGGCCCCGAGGCUUGGCUGAAGGAUUACGCUGAUUUUCAACGAGUUUUUUUAGUUGGGGAUAGUGCGGGAGGCAAUAUCGUGCACAACAUGGCGGUCCAAGCAGCAACUGAAGACCUGUCUGGGGUGAAGUUGUUAGGAAUUUGCUUGAUUCAACCAUUUUUUGGGAGGAAAGACGGUCAUGUGGACAAGUGUUGGCUGUUUGUCUCUCCAACAAGUAGGUUUGAUGAUCCUAGGAUAAACCCGGCAGUGGAUUCAAGGUUGUCCAGGCUGGGCUGUAGCAGGGUGCUAACUUUUCUUGCAGAGAAAGAUAAUUUGAGAGAGAGGGAGCUGUUCUUUUGUGAGACAUUGAAGAGCAGUGGGUGGGGUGGAGAGUUAGUGAUUGUGGAGACUGAAGGGGAGGAUCAUGCUUUUCAAUUGUUCAAUCAAAAAUCGGAGAGGGCUUUAGCCCUUAUGAAUAGGCUCGUAUCUUUUAUUAAUCAAGAUAAGGAUGCUUCCAUGUGAUACGAUUACCUAUAUCGAUCGUUCAUGAGAUGAGAAACAAAUUAAGGUAUGUUCUAAGAUUUAUCAAAUGGACCUCUAUUUGUACUAUGAUCCCCUUUGCCCUUUGGCAUCUUUGGUCAUCUCUGUUAUCAAAAGCCUUCUGUUGCA